AUGGAAGCAGCGUCUGGAGCCUGCAAAAGUCCCAGGGCCACCAUGGUCAUUCUCAGUUCUUGCUUGCUGCUGUCUUCAGGGGCUGUGGUGCACAACUCAGGCAGGUAAGUUGAAGGGGUUUUUCUUUGUGUGGGGUUUUUCCCCUGACCACCUUUUCCAUCAGUCAUUCUAGAUCUGCUAAAAACCACGUGAGCCAUUUUCCAUCUGAACCAGAUUUACAGUGGACAAGAUAGGGCAAGUGUGUGUGUGUGUGUGUGUGUGUGUGUGUGUGUGCAUUUAAAGUUUAGUUACAUGACCAAAGUCUUGCAAAAGAGUAUGUGGCAGAGAAGGGGAUUGGGAAAGGAAAGGAGAAAGUUCUUCACCCAAAAUAGUUUUUAAGAAUGUGUUGAUCAGGGGAAGCCAACACAGUGCCGUCCAGGUGCAGCCAGUGUAGUCCCAUCAGCCCCAGUCAAUGUGAGCGAUGGUCAGGGAUGAUGGGAGUUGUAGUUGGACAACAUCUUGGUGGAACCAAGUUGACUAUCCCAAUAUAGGUAGUGGAAUAAAUAGGGGGGAUACCUUUUGUUGCCUUUUGGGGAACCUCCUCUCUCACUUUUUCAACUGUUGGUUGCUUCUUUCUCUUCCAAAAGAAGCCAGGAUGGGGAAAGAAGACAUUAAUACUGACCCUUUAUCCUUUUUUGGGGAGAAGAGGCAGCAAGAAGGUGCAAAGGGAGAAGUUUGCAGUUGCAGGAGAGGGGAAAGAGGGGCUGGGCUGGGAAGGGUUAAGCAGAAUGUGGAUGGAGCAGGGGCUUUGUUUCAAAGUAUAAUGAGAGGUUCUAGAGUUGGAAAGAUUUGGGGCUCUUCCAGACUGUUGCUAUUCUCAGGUGAAAUUCACUCACAUACCCGCAGACUCGUGUCUCACAAUUACAGUUGAUUGGGAGUCCUUGCGCAACAAACCCCCGUACCCAAAAGAUCAGAUGUUUUGCAGUAAGGAAAGUGGCAGGAAAAUGCACCAGGAAGCGGGGGGCGGCACUUGCAUUGACACAACUGCCAUGUGACGAACCCGCAAACAAUUCAGAAUGAAGGUUCAUAGUCAAGGUUGUCCAAUCUCCCUGCAGACAAACCAGGAUGAACAAACAGGUUGUCUGGAAGAAGAGCUCAAAUAAUCCCCAAUUCUAUUACUGAUUUAAGGACUAGCUCCACCAUUUUUGUCCGUAAUUUGCUCAUGGAAUUCUUCAACAUGGAUUCCAAUGUAAUGGAAUGGGGCCUGCAACAAAAUGUUGCAGUGUUUGUGGAGUGCUUCUGUUCAAGAUUCGAAGCCAUCUUCUCCACCACCACCACCCCAUAUUUUCAUUUCCCAUCCUCAACUGCUUCUCAGUAUUUCGUAGCCACACUGAGUACACUCAGUCCUUGGGCUGUUUUUAAGGUUCCCUUCUCCUUAGGUCUGUUCCCCCCUUAAAGUAGUUUUCGGACUUGUGCAAACUUUGCGGUUUCCUUGAGUCCAUAACAGACUUGAGUCCACAAUAGCUCCCUCUUCUGCAGAGGCGGUGCUUUUGUUGUUGUUGUUCAAAUAAACAAUGAAACUCACAGCGUGGACAUAAGUAAUGGAGGGAAUGACGGUUUUGAAGAAGACACCUGAAAAAGGCACAGAGAACAGGGGCCUCUUCAGACUGGUGUUUUAUUGCAGGUGUAUUUUGCAAUAUGUUCCUGACACAAUCAUAAUGUGUCAGUAGUGGGUUUCCUCUUCACACUUUAUUUGUCAUUCUGCAACGCUUCCUCGAUGCUACGACAUUAUUGCUUUCCAGAGGGGCUAAAGCACGACAAAAGCGGGACAAAAAUAAACCAGAAUGUUUGGGGUAAAGAAAGUUAUGGGAUCCCAGCAACAGGUUAUGGGAUUAUUACUGAUUGUAGACAAAGCAGUAUAUGACCGCCCCAAAACUUUUGCAGGCAUAAACUGAAUGGAAAGCAGAACUGCGCAUGGCCAACCUUAUUGCCUCAUGAGUACAGUGGUACCUCUGGUUGCGAACGGGAUCCAUUCCGGAGGCCCGUUCACAACAUGAAAAGAGAGCAACCUGAAGCGCCAUAUCUGCACAGGUGGGCGGCGUGAUUUGGUGCUUGUGCGCAUGCGUGAAGCACAAUUUAGCACUUCUGUGCAUGCGCAAGCGGCGAAACCCAGAAGUAACCCUUUCCGGUACUUCCAGGUCGCCGCAGGACGUAACCUGAAAGAACGUAACAUGAAGCAAACGUAACAUGAGGUAUGACUGUACUUCAGUGAGAAUGCACAAUAAAACAGAUGUUUGGAGGGGCCCAAAGUCUAUCAAAUGUCUAGUUGAACAGUUGAACAGAACAGGGAAUCAAUAGCAGGGAAUGCCUGUCCCCUCCUUGCCUUUCUUGAGAGCAUCCCGGAGGCAUCUGCCCGGCAAGGACAGAAUGCUGAAGGCAGACACUGAGCCAGCAACACACACCCCAGAAUCUGAGCUCUCCCCUCAAGGGACCUUACUGGUGGAGGUGGCUCCUAGGUGUCUUCCAGCAGGCUUGAGACUAUGGGUUUCUUACUCUACUUCCUGCCUAUUAAUUAAGCUUCCAAUAUUUCCCACCAACUAACAGCCGCCAGGUUACAGUAUAUCAAAUUCCUAGCGCAGGAUUGGGGAACCCGCAGAGCUCACAUUUGAAGCAAUGCAGCUCCCUUCAGCGCCAGCCAGCAUGGCCAAUGGUCAGGGACAGCAGGAGUUAAAAGCACCCAACUCCCCUCUCGUCAAAAAACUGUCGUUUGUGAUGGGUGCUGGGAAUUGUAGCUGUGUGAGGGAUGAACUGCAGCUGCCGGGACUCUUUGGGUGGGUGCGCUGUAAAUGUAUUCUGUAUACACACCCUAAAUAUAUCUAGUCUUUAUUAAAGCACCCAAAGGCUUGUUUUUGUUGCAACAGGCUAACACGGGUGGCUUUCUGAAGAUUGCUUAUUGUGUGGGCAACCUUAGGGGGAUCCGUACUUGUGCUGUGCUUCCUUCAGAAGGCAAUAUUGGGACUCCUCGGUUCCAAUCUACUUGAUCCCUCCUCUGGAGAACUCAGUGUUAUGUACUGAAGUUCUCACCCUGGGCCAGCAGGGGGAUACUGCAGAUAGUUCAGGUCCACAUAUGCAAAUAAGGGAUUGAAAGUGAUGUUCAGUGAUUGGCUAGUUACAGAAAAUGGUUACUGUUGCGUUCUAGUGGAGCUCUAUAUAAGCAGGCUGGCUGAACCCUUCAGUUCAGUUCUGUUCUGGCCUGUGAAUAAACAAGAGCUGUUUGAAGAAUCGCUGUGUCAUCUGAUAUGUUCACCCACAACUUAACACUCAGGUUUCCUAUACUUUCUCUCUCAGCAGGCUCUGGAGACGUGAAGUGUCCCAGUAUUCUCCACCAGGGGGCAGCGUUGACCUCAAAGGAGCCCUUGUUCCCUGGAGCCUCGGCAUCCCAUCCACUACCUUGCAUGACUGGAUGCUCAAGUGGAUGUCCUCAGAUGUCACAGCCCCCUGGGCUGAGGACAAUGAAGAUGAAGGGCAAAACAGGAAGUCCCGCCCGUGGGGCCCAGCGAGACAGGAAGCUCCAUCUCCUAGGGGCCAGAAGGUGGCGCUGUACCAAGCCAGCUGGGUUCCAGGUUGGGGCGGGAAGCGAAGUAUUGUGCUAGCGGAUGAUGCCGCCUUCAGGGAGAAAAGCAAGAUGCUGACAGCCAUGGAGAGGCAGAAAUGGCUCAACUCCUACAUGCAAAAGCUUUUGGUGGUGAACUCUGAGUAG